UCCGGCCGGCCGCGGCUCCCCCCGCAUCCCCGCCACGGCGGCGCUUCCCCGGCCGAGCCAUGGCCGCGGCAUCCCCGCCAUGCCGAGCCUAGCGGGCAGCGGGAGGCCCGGCGGCCGGGAGGCGCCCAAAAUGAAGAGCCUGCUGCGCCACGGGCUGGCCGUCUGCUUGGCGCUCACCACCAUGUGCACCAGCUUGUUGCUCAUGUACGGCGGCAUCGGCGGCGGGGGCCACCCGGAGCCGCGGCAGCAGCAGCAGCAGCAGCAGGUGGCGGCGGUGCCCAGCCGCCCGCCGGGACGCGGCCAGCAGCACCCGGCGCUCCCCGUCGGAGCCGGGCUCCUGGAGGGCUACAUCAGCGUCCUGGAGCACAAGCCUUUAAAAAUGCAUUGCAAGAGCUGUGCAUUGGUAACCAGUUCUGGACACCUUCUGGGAAGUAAACAAGGUGACAGAAUCGACGAGACAGAGUGCGUAAUACGAAUGAAUGAUGCACCUACUCGAGGUUAUGGAAAGGAUGUUGGAAACAAAACGAGCCUUCGAGUCAUUGCACACUCCAGUAUUCAGAGGAUUUUGCGAAAUCGCAACGAACUCUUAAAUAUGAGCCAUGGUGCUGUGUUUAUCUUCUGGGGUCCUAGCAGCUACAUGAGGAGAGAUGGUAAAGGCUUGGUAUACAACAACCUGCAGCUGAUGAAUCAGAUACUGCCUCAAUUAAAAGCAUAUAUGAUUUCUCGCCACAAGAUGCUUCAAUUUGAUGACCUUUUUAAACGAGAAACUGGGAAAGACAGGAAGAUAUCCAACACUUGGCUUAGCACGGGCUGGUUCACAAUGACUAUCGCAUUAGAGCUCUGUGACAGGAUAAAUGUUUAUGGCAUGGUGCCACCGGAUUUCUGCAGGGAUCCUAAUCAUCUUUCAGUACCUUAUCAUUAUUACGAACCUUUGGGACCCGACGAGUGCACAAUGUACAUUUCACAUGAGCGGGGACGAAAGGGCAGUCAUCAUCGUUUCAUCACAGAGAAACGAGUGUUUGAGAACUGGGCACGGACAUUCAAUAUUCACUUUUUCCAACCAGACUGGAAACCAGAACCACUUACUGUAAAUCACCCCGAGAUUAAACCAGUGGUCUGAGGGAUGAGCGCACAAGACCGCAAUCACAAUCACCUCCUGUAUCAGCCGUCAGGGUGUUGGACCUUCUGGGACAGCAAGGCAACCUAGAGGAGAAGGGUAACAGGAUUUGCAGCUGAUAACUGCAAACUGCAACAACAGUCAGGAAGUUAUGAAGGAGUAUAUCGAGUGCUUUCCAUUGAACUGUGUAUUAAUCCAGUAUAUAGCCUUUUUUGGCCAUCUAACUUCCUGUGUGUGUAUGUGACUUGUGAAAAGCAAUUUGAGUAUCAUUAAUGGGAUGGUUAAUUCAUUAUGAUUUUUUAAAGUACAACACCACUGAAUUUUCAUAGUGAAAACUUACAGUAUUUAUUUAAUGGAGGUUUUUACGCAACCUAGGCCAGUAUUUUUCUAAUUCACAGUUCUGUGGUUGUUGAUCUUUCAUAAUCUUUCAAAUCCAGAAUUAAUAUUGCUGAUGGUUUGAAAGGCCUAGCUUUUUAUUUAUAGGAUUUGUUUGAAAAAUAUGAUUCUAUAUAGCAUGUAAUUAAUAUUUGAUCUGGAAAUGUUGCAUUUCUUUUAAAAAUUUUGGGCUCCAUUCCAGCAUAAAGCCUUUAACAGCAAGAAUGGUCCCAUGUGCAGAUCUAGCUAACUUUACAUUCUGGCAUCUCGUGUUAAUAUGAAAAUGGUAGUGAAAAUUCUUUUCGAUAUUAAUGUGAAUUUUCUGCUGUGAUAUCAAACUGCUGGUUUUUAAUCAGAGGUGGGGAAAGAAGGGCAAAGUUCAUCAAAAAAUGACUGUUUAUAGCAGCGUGUUCUCAAUGAAGAAGACCAACUAAGGCUGGAGGGGUUGCGUUUUGUUUUGCCUGUUGUCGUCCUGUAAGAGGCUGAAGGAGCAACCUUCCUGAGGUAACAAGCUACAAAACCAGGCAACAACAGUUUGCAACAACGGCUUGCAGCAACAUGACCAAACUUCUGAAAUCACGAAGCUGCACCACCAGGUACUACAGUAUCAGCCAUACUAGCCAAAAAGAUGGUAACGUUACACCUGUAUGGUCUAUGCCUUCCACUGUUCCAAGACGAUCACUGAUCUCAGAGAUCGUGGAUCACACUGAGGUGAGAUGUGGAAGGAUUUCCACGAGUAUGAAAUUGUGCCCCUGCUAACAGCCAAGUUACACUUGGCAUUUUCUUUGUGAAGUACUAAAGCCUGGCAAACGCGAGGGGGUGGGCAAUGCUAGCUCUGUAUAUGGAACCUCACACUGUGUCUUACUGGGUUAUACUUGGCUUAUGAAUAAAGAACAUUUCAGUUA